UGUAAUGUAUACAAAGAGUAAAAAGUUUGCUGGAAACCAAGACUAGGAACUGGGUCUAAGCUCAGGUAGGGCCACAUAUGGGGUCAAAUGGGUGUAGAUUUCUUGGCAGUUGACAUGCGAAAUACGCAAGAAACUGAGAAAACGUAAACAAGAAGAUUUCGAUAUAUAUGGGGGUUAUCUAUUCUUAGCUUUUCCUCGUAAAUUUCAUUUCUCUGUAGAGUACAUAUACAAAUGUACUGGUACAUAUACUGUAUGUGCAUGUUUUUAUCACUUGCUUGCAUAAAUACCCCUCCAAGGAAAGGGAGAGUUCAUUCUGCUAUUUUGCUUGCCUGAAUGAAGGUGGGAUCAUAUGUUUGUUUUGGAUUGUGUUUGAGGAGAAAGUUUGCAGAGAAUCUAAGAGAAUAAUGGUGAAUCAUUUGGAGGGAUCUCCGGAGAGUGCCUUCCGUCUUUGGGGAGAGGAGCGAGACGAUGACAUCAUCUACUCAGUCUACCUCAAAAAAGUCAGCUACAAAAAGUCUGCUGCAGAUGCCUCCACUAUUCAAAAUGACUGCUGUCCGGAUAGUAGUAUUCGGUUCUUAUCGUACCUGCAGUGGGAGACUCUCAGGAUACGCGCCAUCAAGGCGGCGUCGGUGCAACGCCUUGUGGAGUACCUGCCCAUGGCCGUAGAAGACAUGGAUUCGGUCUACCUUAAUGUAUUCUUCUCAACGUACCAGACGUUUACAACGCUCAGAGAGGCACUUGGGAUGCUUCUCAAAAGAUACAUAGAAGUCCAAGAGACAGCGACAGAAUCCGAAAAGGACAGACAACUUAAGAAUAUCAGAUCAGUGGUGAUGAUGUGGCUGGAAGAAAGCCAUGAUGACUUUCGGGAAGCACCUGACUACACAUGCCUUCACAUGAUAGAGGAGUUUGCCCGGGACGUGUCGCAUGAUGUCGAACUCGAGUUGCGAACGGCGCUCCUGAUGACAUCGUUUGAGAACGAGGAUUCACCAAAGAAACUAUCACCUGAUGCACCCAAGUUUCAGUUCUCUGUCUGUGAGGAAGUGGACUUUAUGAUGCUCGGCUCCUUGGGAUACCAUGAUAUCAGGGAGAUAGAUAGCCAGCUGAUAGCAGAACAACUCACACAGAUGGAAGCUGAUCUCUUUCGGAAGGUCAUCCCUCAGCACUGCCUAGGGUCUAUCUGGUCAAGGAGAGACAAGAAGCAUGGCGUUGACCCCAUGACGGUCGCAGCAACGGUCAACCAAUUCAAUGACAUCACCAUGAAGGUCAUGUCGACCAUCUUAGAAGAGAAGUCUCUAAGACCAAUGACGAGGGGUCUCAUUAUCACCAAAUGGAUCGAUGUCGCCCAGUCAUGUAGAGAGCUGAAGAACUUCUCAGCUUUGAAAGCGAUCAUCUCGGCCCUACAGUCUCAUCCUAUUCAUAGGUUAAGAAGAGCAUGGAGUUCAGUACCCAAAGCAAGCAUGGUACUGUUUGAAGAUCUUGCCAAUAUCUUUUUAGAUGACAACAAUUUUGAGACGUGGAGAGAAAUCAUCAACAAGGAAGGUACAGCCAAGUUUGCCACGGUUUCACCGAGGAGCAGCAAAAAAGUGACGCGGUCAUUACGCAAAAUGAUGAGCUCAGAUAAACUGGUAGUACAGAGGAGAGACUCGUGGCAUAGCAAAGUGAAUGGGACGGUGCCGUAUCUUGGGACAUUCCUGUCAGAUCUAAUCAAGAUAGACUCAGCCUUCCCUGAUACAGUAGAGGAUGGACUCAUUAACUUUGAGAAGAAGAGAAAGGAGUUUGAAGUGAUAGCUCAGAUCAGAUUACUCCAGAUGGCAAGUAAGAGCUAUCAGAUUCUUCCAGAUGAUAAGUUCUUGGACUGGUUUAAUGACAUCAAAGUUCUCUCGUACCAACAAUGCUGCACAUUAUCAGAUGAGAUGGAGUCACCAAACAUCAUGCCAAGCUCUGCUCCUUCCACACCAACUAUGAUGAAAACAGAGAAGCCCAAGACUUACAGAAAGUUCUUCAGCUUCACCGCCGAGGACUUCAAGAAUAGGACGAGCACCCACAGCACGACGGCAAGCACGACUUCGACGUCGAACUCCAACACGAACAGCAGCAAUGGGGAGCGUCCGUGCCGCGUCAGGACCGGGCCAGAAGCUAAGAAUCACAGUAGCACUAGCAGUAUUAGCAGCAGCAGCUCAUCAACGCCGUCAUCAGAUGACAGCAUGAGCAUCGCAAGCAUCGACAAUCAGCUACCUACCUCGGUACAUUCAACGUCAUCGACAUCAUCGUCGACGGCAUCGGGUUCGACGUCUCUGUCAAUGUCAACCAUGUCUUCCUCAGCAGAAACUGCCAGCAGAGAUUCAAGUCUGUUGUCAGUUGAGAAUAGUCCAGCUAAAUCUCCAAGGGCCUUAAAACCAUCUCUUUCGCUGAACUCCCUGCCGACCCUAGUCCGCCGGAGCUCUCUGACACCCACCAGCUCUCCAGGCAUUGGUUGGGAUUCACCCUCUCAUUCGUGUCGCAUCAUCAGGGUCGGUCUGGAUGAGCAGGAGGGAGACGGAAACAUCUACAGGAGUCUUGUGAUUACUCAUCAAGAGCACACACCAAGCAUCAUCAAGAAUGCUCUAACGAAACACCACACGCCAGAGCCUUGGGACUACCGUGAUUUUGAGCUCAUUCAACUACUAGAUGAAAAAGAACUCAUCAUACCUGCAGAUGCUAAUGUCUUUUAUGCAAUGAACACUGCCGCACAGCCUCAUUUCCUUCUCCGCAAGAAGGUAGGAGACGGUGAGGAAUCCAGCGCGAGCAGCAAGAAGAAAAGUGUGCGUGGAGGCAGCCAAAAGGGGUCAAAACGCCUCCACAUCAAGCGCAUGUCAUGGGUCAAAGUUCGUGAGGAAGCCAGGUGAAAGGUCAAAGAUGCCAGCCUGCAUCUAUAAACCAAGGCAUGUUUCUUCAUCAUAAGUGUCGAGUGCGUUAUCAUCAUUAUGAAAACUAGCAUAGAGGUUGCUAUCAUCGAUGUGAAAAAAACACGCAUGGAGAAUUCAUCUUGCCACGAAGGAUGUUCCCUAAAAUGACGAUACAUGUCACAGUCGGUAGCAGUGGCCAUUGGGUCUGUGGAAGGAUGGAUGUUCCCUAACCUGUGAGGGGAUAUCUAUUAAACUACUGUACGGUAGUGACAGCAUGCAUUCCGAGUCCACAGUAUCAGUACUGUGUAGAGGGCAAACGUAGAGCAUAGAACUUUUCACGAAGAUGUUUGCUUUUGUGAAGAAGGCAGUGGGGAUAAGCGAAUUUGUCAUUCAGAAUGUUUAUGGAGUUGAUGCUAGUUCCUUUGACAUUCCUUUCAGUGUCAGUGUUUUAUUGAAAACCAAGUUAAAAGUUUUUU